AUGUCUGCCUCAGGUGAUGGAAAGUCACUGCUAUCUCACCUGAACUACAAACCUGAAACCCUCAAAUUUGGGACCAGCGGCCGUCGAGGUGAAGUCAUCCAUCUAACUCAACUCGAGAUUUACAUCAACGUCUCCUCAGAGAUCCAAUACCUCCAGUCCCUGCGAAAAUCCGAAGGUGGUAUUGAGGUCGGCGAUGAUUUCUACUAUGCCCACGAUCUUCGCCCCAGCUCAACUGCUUAUGUCGAGAACCAUCGAGGAGGGUUGUCUCAAGCCGUGGAAAAGGCAGUAAUGGAUGGAGGCAUGCGUCCCAUCAACCUCGGUUCCAUUCCAACCCCUGCUCUCACAUAUUUCGCCCUGCAAAACGGUAAAGGCAGCAUAAUGGUCACCGGCAGCCACAUUCCAUUCGAUCGGAAUGGAUAUAAACUCAACACAUCUAAAGGUGAGCUCUUGAAGAAGGAUGAGAAUCCUAUCAACGAUGCGGUCGAAAUCACCCGUGCAAAGCUACUCUCACAGCCCUUCGCGGAAUCCAUCUUCGAUCAAGAUGGAAUGUUGCGAGACGGGAAAUCAGAACUCCUGUCAGUACAACCAGAAGGUCGAGCGGCCUACUUUCAGCGCUAUCUCGAAUUUUUCAAGGGCGAAACACUUCAGGGUCUGAAAGUACUGGCGUACCAGCAUUCUGCAGUCGGCCGCGAUCUGCUAGUUGAAAUACUCGAAAACCUCGGCGCCGUUGUAACUCCUGCCGGUCGGAGCGACACCUUUGUACCAAUUGACACAGAAGCCAUCGACCAAGCACAACUCGACACAAUCCAAGAGCUCUGCGAUAAGGCAGGCGGGACCUUCGACGCCAUUGUUUCGACGGACGGAGACAGCGAUCGUCCCCUCCUCCUUGCGCCAGAGGGCAACAAACUUCGUUUCUUCGGUGGCGACAUUCUCGGCAUGAUUGUCGCAGACUUUCUCAAAGCAGAUUCAGUAGUAGUGCCUAUCAGCACCAACGACGCAAUCGACCGUGGACCUCUAGCCGGUGUCACGGAGCCCAAGACUAAAAUCGGCAGCCCAUACGUGAUCGCAGGUAUGCAGAACGUGUUGUCCAAAGGUCGCCAAAGUGUAUGUGGGUGGGAAGCCAAUGGUGGAUUCUUGACUGGCUCUGACAUCACGCGUAACGGCAACACACUGACUGCAUUGCCAACCCGAGAUGCCGUCCUCCCUAUUCUCUCAGCCUUAUUCGCCGCCCGCAGUCGUCAAGUCACGCUGCCAGAACUCUUCUCCACGCUCCCUGCGCGCUUCAGCAGGGCGGGGCUGCUCCGCAAAUUCCCACGCGCCACAAGUCUCAAAAUCAUCGCAAAGUUCUCCCCUCCCGAUCCGAGUAUACAAGAGAUCGCGUACGCGACCGACAAGAUCACAGGCCACGAUGCGGAAAACUCGCCACUCAGCCUCGCAGAGUCACAGGUCAAGCAGCUCGACGGUAUUCGUCGAGAGCUCCAGACGGUCUUCUCGAGCAAAGCCGGCUUCACGCCCAUUUCUCGGCUCAAUUACACCGACGGCGUCCGCAUCAUCUUCUCGAAUGGCGAUGUCGCGCACUUUCGCCCUUCAGGCAACGCUGAUGAAUUACGAAUUUAUUCUGUCGCCGACACACUCGAGAGGGCGGAUGCCGUCAUAGCUGAGGGUGUAAGAGAACCUGAUGGCCUGCUACGCAGCCUUGCGAGCUUGGUCUGA